AAAACGAGAGGGGAAAAACUAGGCCCUUUGCGUCUCUCUCCUUGUCACGGAACAAGAGUAGAUCACGAGGCCCCCAUUUUGCCGUGAACAACGACGCCGCCCAAGGCGUUCUGGAACUUGUUCAGGAUGGGUCUGCCUGGCUACCUCACCCUGAGUUUCACUCGUGCCGUCAACGUCCUUUUUCUCCGGUUGGGAAUGAAACACGACUAUCAGACAGGCAAGCAACCUGCGACUGCGAAAGCGAACAUUACAGACAAGAAGGGAAAGACCACAAGGAUACAUCAUUGCGACGACAUGGCACCACGAUAUCCAUCACUCGAAGGCAUGGAGAUUGCCAUCCCUCCAUAUGAUCAUCGAGACAGCGGCUUCAGCAUGGCGGAAUACGAGCGGACGGCAACGGCAGAUGGAUACGAUACACGGCCACUGCCACCUCUGCCACGCCCUCUGCGUGUAAAGAGCCCAUCGUCUCUUCCGAGGUCAAUGGUAAAGUCAUCUGUGCCCCCGUACAGGCAGGAAACACUCGUUUCCGCAUCAAUACCAUCAGCGUCGACGGUGACGCCAGGACACGGACGUUUCCCACAAGGCCCACCCGUACCGGACAAGCUCAUCCCACGGAAGCCAGUCCCCAUGCGUGCAAUCAGUUGGGAUCCCACCGCGAAGCCACUCCCCCAGACGCCGACGCGCGCAUCCAUGCCCAUGGUCAACCCUCCGUCAGGUCACCGCUCUGUCGUCAAGGCGCGCAAGGUGAUGGGCUGCGAGGUGGACAUUCACGACUCACGGAGUGGGGCGCGAAUACCCAGCGAGCCAUCGAGAGUACACUCCCAGGACGAAGACGCACGACCUCGCAUGGACCCUGGCGAGAGGCGGUUCUAUGACAAGAGGGCCGCGCGGGAGUAUCAUCGUUUUGCGACAAGUAUGGUGGACGAGAGGCCGUCCAAGCCCAACUCGACGCCUUCGCAUGUACAGAGGGCCUCCUCGCCAGGGCGUGCUCUCGCGACGCACAGCGAUGGCACCCCCAGACCAAAGACGUCGUGGGGGCCCGAGCGACCGCUCAGUGCUUUUGAGAGUGACUCGGAGGACGAUGAGGCCGCCAGGCUCAUGGCUUCCAUCCGAGGAUUUUUCUGCAACGGAGCCAAGUGUGUUGGUAACGAUGAGGAGACUGGGGAACGUGGAGGGAGAAGUCUGUUUGGGAAGGCUAGGGAGUGGCAUGCUGAGCGUACCAAGGCACGGCGGCGAGAGGAGAUGAAGAGAGCGAUCCGCACGAGCCAUGGGGAGUAAAGGAUGAGCGAGAGAAUCAGUACAUGUAGCUAUAGUAUACCCAGAGUCAAUGAAAGUAUGU